AACGCAGGCAGGGGUGUUUUUACAAAGAAAAAAGUUGAAAUGGACACUCGUUUUGGACCAUACAGAGGAGAGGUACUUUCGCUUAAAGACGCAGAGGAUGGAAGAGAUCCUUCGUAUAUGUGGGAGAUUGUACAAGGAGGAAAGAUUGUAUAUUGCAUUGAUGGUAAGGAUCUUGCUCAAGGUAAUUGGAUGCGAUUUGUGAAUUGUGCACGAUUUGAAGAAGAACAAAAUAUUAUUGCAUAUCAAUAUAAUGGAGAAAUUUACUACCGAGUUUAUAAAGAGAUUGAAGCCGACAAAGAAUUGCUUGUUUGGUAUGGAGAUGAGUAUGCUGAACAGUUAGGAAUAUCGUUGCUUGAUGAGGAAGAUAAUGACAAGCAUGAGUUUGAAGUUGGAGGUCACAGCUGUAGACACUGUGGAAUGAUGUAUACUAAUCCUGAUUAUUUAGAGAAACAUUUAAAACGAUGUCCAAUGCUUGUUUGUACGAAUCCCUGGGAAUGUCCACGUUGUGGUCGAAAGUACAGUAGUGAAGACUAUCUAAAUGUUCACAUGAAAAAUGAAUGCGGAAAAAAGCCACGAUUAAAACGGCAUGUGAGGGUUCAAACUAGAGAGAAACCUUAUCAAUGCAAACAUUGUGGUAAAACAUUUAGACACCUUUCUAAAUUGAAUGAACAUGUUAGGAUACAUACUGGAGACAAACCUUACCAAUGUGAAAAUUGUGGUAAAAGAUUUACACUGCUUGGUAACUUAAAACGUCAUGGUAUGAUACAUACUGGAGAAAAACCUUAUCAAUGUGAACAUUGUGGUAAAACAUUUAGAGACCUUGGCUCAUUAAAACGCCAUGUUAGAACACAUACGGGAGAGAAACCAUAUCAAUGUGAACAUUAUGGUGAAACAUUUACUCAGAAUAGUGCCUUAAAUGGACACAUUAGGAUACAUACAGGAGAGAAACCUUAUCAACGUAAACAUUGUGGUAAAAGAUUUUCACAGAAAGAUGGCUUGAAUAGACACCUUAGGAUACAUACAGGAGAGAAACCUUAUCAAUGUAAACAUUGUGGUAAAACAUUUAGAAAGCUUUCUAAAUUGAAUGAACAUGUUAGGAUACAUACUGGAGACAAACCUUACCAAUGUGAAAAUUGUGGUAAAAGAUUUACACUGCUUGGUAACUUAAAACGUCAUGGUAUGAUACAUACUGGAGAAAAACCUUAUCAAUGUGAACAUUGUGGUAAAACAUUUAGAGACCUUGGCUCAUUAAAACGCCAUGUUAGAACACAUACGGGAGAGAAACCAUAUCAAUGUGAACAUUAUGGUAAAACAUUUACUCAGAAUAGUGCCUUAAAUGGACACAUUAGGAUACAUACAGGAGAGAAACCUUAUCAACGUAAACAUUGUGGUAAAAGAUUUUCACAGAAAGAUGGCUUGAAUAGACACCUUAGGAUACAUACAGGAGAGAAACCUUAUCAAUGUAAACAUUGUGGUAAAACAUUUAGAAAGCUUUCUAAAUUGAAUGAACAUGUUAGGAUACAUACUGGAGACAAACCUUACCAAUGUGAAAAUUGUGGUAAAAGAUUUACACUGCUUGGUAACUUAAAACGUCAUGGUAUGAUACAUACAGGAGAGAAACCUUACCAAUGUGAAAAUUGUGGUAAAAGAUUUACACAGCUUGGUAACUUAAAACGUCAUGGUAUGAUACAUACAGGAGAGAAACCUUAUCAAUGUGAACAUUGUGGUAAAACAUUUUCACAGAAUUGUGAUUUGAAUAAACACCUUAAGAUACAUACAGGAGAGAAACCUUAUCAAUGUGAACAUUGUGGUAAAACAUUUAGAGACCUUGGCUCAUUAAAACGCCAUGUUAGAACACAUACGGGAGAGAAACCAUAUCAAUGUGAACAUUGUGGUAAAACAUUUACUCAGAAUAGUGCCUUGAAUGGACACAUUAGGAUACAUACAGGAGAGAAACCUUAUCAAUGUAAACAUUGUGGUAAAAGAUUUUCACAGAAAGAUGGCUUGGAUAGACACCUUAGGAUACAUACAGGAGAGAAACCUUAUCAAUGUGAACAUUGUGGUAAAACAUUUACUCAGAAUAGUGCCUUGAAUGGACACAUUAGGAUACAUACAGGAGAGAAACCUUAUCAAUGUAAACAUUGUGGUAAAAGAUUUACUAUGCUUGGUAACUUAAAACGUCACGUAAGGAUACAUACAGGAGAGAAACCUUAUCAAUGUAAACAUUGUGGUAAUAGAUUUACUAUGCUUGGUAACUUAAAAAGUCACGUAAGGAUACAUACGGGAGAGAAACAGUUACUACAUAUCACAUUAUGAAAUAUAAUUGCAACCUUUACAUAUUCUCCAUCAUUUAUUAGGAAUCAAAUAUGUAGAAACAUGAUACAUUAGAAGGUUUUAAUAGUUUUUAUGACAUCAUCUAUGCACAGCUUAUUUUCUGUAAAUUCUCGUUUUAACGCCGCAGCACUUAUUAAUUCCUAUACGUGCACCGCCCGUAUGCGGCGCUAAAACAAACACUGUAAUAAACUAUAAAACCUCA